GCAGCGCUCAGGGGGCGGCCAUGGAUCCCGCAGCCCGCCCGGGCGGCGGCGGCGCCCCGGGGCAGUCCCGCGAGUACAAACUGGUGAUGCUGGGUGCAGGAGGCGUCGGCAAGAGCGCCAUGACCAUGCAGUUCAUCAGUCACCGCUUCCCUGAGGAUCACGAUCCCACCAUCGAGGAUGCCUAUAAAAUCCGGAUCCGCAUCGAUGACGAGCCUGCCAACCUGGAUAUUCUGGACACAGCAGGGCAGGCAGAGUUCACAGCCAUGAGGGACCAGUACAUGAGGGCAGGGGAAGGUUUCAUCAUCUGCUACUCCAUCACGGACCGGCGCAGCUUCCACGAGGUGCGCGAGUUCAAGCAGCUCAUCUACCGCGUGCGCCGCACCGACGACACGCCCGUGGUGCUGGUGGGCAACAAGUCUGACCUGACCCAGCUGCGCCAGGUGUCCAAGGAGGAAGGCUCUGCCCUGGCCAGGGAAUUCAGCUGCCCCUUCUUUGAGACCUCGGCCGCCUUCCGCUACUACAUCGACGACGUGUUCCACGCGCUGGUGCGCGAGAUCCGCCGCAAGGAGAAGGAGGCCGCCGUGGCCAUGGAGAGGAAAUCCAAGCCCAAAAGCAGCGUCUGGAAAAGACUCAAGUCCCCCUUCAGGAGGAAGAAGGAUUCAGUCACUUGAACAGCACGUUGCUGUGCAGAGCAGGACAAAAGCUGUGACCUUUUGUAGCCGGAGGAGCUCGGGUGGCGGCGACGCUGAGGGGACGUGUGGCACCUGAGGGGAUUUGUGAGGGAGGGAGCGCCUCGCCCUGCCAGUUGUUUUUGUUUAGAACCAUGUUGCCUUGAUUCUGGGGGUUGAACUUCACACCCAGCGCCAGUUGUACUUUGUUUGUUGUCGUUUUAUUUUCCUGGGCCCAGCAGGGUCACCAAGGCCCGUGGGUUGGUGGCCUUGCACUUUGGAGAGUGUUUGUCCUUGGUCACAGCAAAGGAGCUGAGAAACAUUGCUGGAGUUGGACCCAGCCUCGCUGAAUCUGGGGUUUUUCCUGGUGGAAAAGAGAAUUUUGCUGCUCCCUACAGUGUGAGAGGCUGAGCAAAGUGUCGUGGCCUUGGAGGUCACCAAAUUUCUUUUGGGAGCAGAUUUCUUUCCAGCAAAAUGGACAAAAUCUUUGUGUGAUCAGUGCUGCAGGUGGGAUGCCAACAAACCAGAACAAUCCCAGAAUCAUUUCAGCUGGAAAGAUCUGUGGCAUCAGUGACCCAGCCCCACCCUGUCACCACAUCCAGGCCUUCAAACACGUCCAGGUGGGUUGGUGGCCCUGCACUUUGCAGUGUUUGUUGUCCUUGGUCACAGCAGAGGAGCUGAACUAUGCAAAACAUUGCUGGAGUUGGACCCAGCCUCACUGAAUCUGGGGGUUUUUCCAGUUGGAAAAGAGGAUUUUGCUGCUCCCCACAGUGUGAGAGGCUGAGCAAAGUGUCAUGGCCUUGGAGGUCACCAAAUUUCUUUUGGGAGCAGAUUUCUUUCCAGCAAAAUGGACGUGGAAUCUUUGUGUGAUCAGUGCUGCAGGUGGGAUGUCAACAAACCAGAACCAUCCCAGAAUCAUUUCAGCUGGAAAGAUCUGUGGCAUCAGUGACCCAGCCCCACCCUGUCACCACAUCCAGGCCUUCAAACACCUCCAGGGACAGUGACACCUGUGCAGGUGACCCAGACUUUGUGAAGCUCAUAAAGAAGGAUUUUGAUGCUCUAAAGAAUGAUUUUGAUGCUCUAAAGAAGGAUUUUGAUGCUCUAAAGAAGGAUUUGAUGCUGUAAAGAAGGAUUUGAUGCUCUGAAGAAGGAUUUGAUGCUCUUAAGAAUCAUUUUGAUGCUCAUAAAGAAUUAUUUUGAUGCUCUAAAGAAUGAUUUUGAUUCUCUAAAGAAGGAUUUUGAUUCUCUAAAGAAGGAUUUGAUGCUGUAAAGAAGGAUUUGAUGCUCUGAAGAAGGUUUUGAUGCUCUGAAGAAUCAUUUUGAUGCUCAUAAAGAAUUAUUUUGAUGCUCUAAAGAAUGAUUUUGAUUCUCUAAAGAAAGAUUUGAUGCUCUGAAGAAGGAUUUGAUGCUCUAAAGAAUGAUUUGAUUCUCUAAAGAAGGAUUUGAUUCUCUAAAGAAUGAUUUUGAUGCUCUAAAGAAGGAUUUGAUGCUGUAAAGAAGGAUUUGAUGCUCUAAAGAAGGAUUUGAUGCUCUUAAGAAUCAUUUUGAUGCUCAUAAAGAAUUAUUUUGAUGCUCUAAAGAAUGAUUUUGAUUCUCUAAAGAAGGAUUUGAUUCUCUGAAGAAUGAUUUUGAUGCUCUAAAGAAGGAUUUGAUGCUCUAAAGAAGGAUUUGAUGCUCUUAAGAAUCAUUUUGAUGCUCAUAAAGAAUUAUUUUGAUGCUCUAAAGAAGGAUUUGAUGCUCUGAAGAAAGAUUUGAUGCUCUAAAGAAGGAUUUGAUGCUCUGAAGAAGGAUUUUGAUGCUCUAAAGAAGGAUUUGAUGCUCUGAAGAGGGAUUUGAUUCUCUAAAGAAGGAUUUGAUUCUCUAAAUAAUGAUUUUGAUGCUCUAAAGAAAGAUUUGAUGCUCUGAAGAAGGAUUUGAUUCUCUGAAGAAUGGUUUUGAUGCUCUAAAGAAGGAUUUUGAUGCUCUAAAAGUUGAUUUUCAGCUGAGGCAGAAGCUCCACACCUGAGGGACUCUGCCCUGGAGCUGAUGGAUUUUACAGCAAUUUUGGGAUCAGGUCCUGGGUCCUCCUUUGGAUUUUGCUGUUUAAUAAGCAAAAUUAACAGCUGGGUCACUCAGAUGUGGAUAAAAGAAAUUUCUCUGAGGGAAGUUCAGAGAAAAAAUUCCAGAAAAUUCUCUGGAAUCAUUCAUUGUGAGAGUUAAAAAAGCUGAUUAUACUUAAUAAUCUUCUCUCAGCUCUGUGCUGCACUGUCAGUGCCAUCCAAACUGAAAAAGGGUUGGUAAAAUAAAUAUUAAAAAAAAAAAAAAAUAUCUAUAUGUAAAAAAUUCUUAUUACCUAAAAAAAUCCUGUGCCUGUUGGUUUGGAGAGUUAUUUUCUUUGUGGAAAUCUUCAACAGAAGGGAAGUGUGGCAGGGCAAAUCUGAUAUUUGCUUUGUGAUCAGCUGAAUAUUGAAAUUUAUUUCCAUUUAUUUCUCAUCUCCUCCAUGCUGUGCUGCUCUGGGAGCAAUCACAGAGUCCAAAAAAAAUGGUUUGGAAAGUUCAGAUUAAAGCAAAAAACGCCUGAAGAAAAUUCAGAAUUUCUGACUCCUGUAUGAACAGCCAUCAGUGAUUUUCUCAUUUUUUGGAUUAAAAUCUGCCUAAAAUUCAAAUAAAAAAGCCAAAAACUGGAGGAAGAGGAGGAGGAAUCACCCCUAAAAAAAUGGAAUUUUGUGCCUUACCUGAGUCCUGCAGUGCAGUUUAGCUGUUUACUAAAAUUCUGUUGCUUCUAGAAUUCAUAGAAUUCACAGUUUCCUUUAGAACAGCAGCCAGCACUUUUUUUUGUUCUUAUUUUUAUUUUAUUUUUUUUUUACACAGUGUUAUUCAAAGAGUUUUAUUUUUUGGCAUGUAUAAAUUUGUACACAGAGCAACGGCUUUAUUUGACACAAUAUAUAUAAUUUUUAAUACAAAAAUACAAACUUUUGCA